AUGGCCACCUCCAUGCAUCCUCUCUUGCUGAGCGUGUUGCUAGCCGUUCUGCUGGGUUUGACCUCACUGGGUGGACUGGGCCCUCGGUCGGCUGGUCAGGCUUUGGCCCAGGUCCCCGCCAACAACCAGACCGAGUCCUCUAUGGUGUCGGAGGUCGCCCUGGCUACGCCCACACCAGAAACCGAGGACCAAACGGUUCCGAGUGACGGCAAAAGAUGCUGGGGCUACUAUGAUGUCAUGGGCCAGUGGGACCCCCCCUUCAACUGUAACGCGGGCAUCUACCUGUUCUGCUGCGGCUCCUGCUUCUACCGCUUCUGCUGCCAGUUCAAAAUUCACAGUUUGGACCAGACGUCCUGUUCCAACUACGACACGCCCGUGUGGGCGAACACCGGGAAACCGGCGGAACCCGUCACAGAGGUCCACGAGGAGCCAGACCGGGACCGGACCCACAUGAUCGUGUAUAUUAUCUGUGGAGUGGUGGCCAUCAUGGUGUUGGUCGGGAUUUUCACCAAGCUGGGGCUGGAGAAAAGCCAAGGAGGACAGACGGACAUGACCAACUCCAGGACUCUGACGGAGCUUCUGAAGCAGCCAGGGGAGGCAGGAGUGGUGGACGGAACCGGGGUUCAUCAUCCGAUCGGCACCAACGGCAUCUCGGCCAGGGCGCUGCGCUCCAACAACGAUCACAACCAUUUGAACAACGCAGCUUUGUCUCCCCUGGGUCCAGCCAUGGCCUUGUCUCACCCUCAUAACAACCUGGGAAUCGGUUUCAACAAGUACACCUCGCUCAAGGCUGUGGACACGACCCCGAGAGACUACUACAAGAGCUACCCGAUGGUGGACUACACCCACCGCCAGUCCCCUCCCACUUUCCAGCCAAUCAACUUCCAUCCCAAGGACAAGCCCUUCCUCCCGCCGCCCGACAUCCACGCGCCACUGGCCAUCACCAUCAACACCUCUCAAAUCCCCAAGCCCAAGAUCGCCAAGACCAACACGCAUCCGCUCACCUCCAGCUCCGCCUUCAAAGUGUGGGACCCCAGUAAGAGCCACGCCCCCCACCCGGUGGCCACCCACAUGGUGCUCCAGGGGCAGCAGCACCAGCACCAGCAUCAGCAUCAGCACCAGCUUCAGCAGCAGCAUCAGCAUCAGCACCAGCAUCAGCACCAGCAUCAGCAUCAGCACCACCCCAUCCAGCAGCUGCAGCAGCUGCAGCAUCAGCCGCUGCACCAGCAGAACAGCCGGCGCCAGGCCUACUCCAACAAGAGGCAGUUCAGCAUCGAGACGCUGCCCGAGCUCUUCUCGCAGCCGCUGGGCUACGGCCACUCGCCGCGCAUGAACCCCAAGCACAAGGGACUGGCCACCAACAGCAAGACAGAGGUCACUGUCUGAACCCGGGGGCGAAACGGGCGAAUCGCAGGGCAGACAAAAGAAACCAAGCGGCGUUUGUAAGGGAAAUCUGCAGAUAUCUUUUAUAUCCGAAGCCCAGCCGGCGAGACGAGGGCGAGAAAUAUCGUAUCUGGAAGUUUUUUUUCCUCGUUAUUGUUGACAAUACUAAUAAUGACGUGAGUGAUAUCUGUUGUACUUUUUAAGACCAGUGGGUCGAGCAGCAG